AUGUUAAGGGAGCGGCACAGUUCUCGAGCAAUUACGAUAUGCGAUGCUAGUCAGUUAUUGUUGGUUGAACGCUCCCUGUUCUUCCUGGCAUGUACUGCUGGAGAAGCUGAAGUAGCCGUCUAUAAAGACUGGAUAUCUUCGAUGGUUACUGCACAAGAUCUGGUACUUGCCUUAGCAAAGCACAAAGCGGAUACUGAGCGUCGCAAUAUUCCUGAACAAUUCAGCUACGAGGAAGUUGAUAGAGAGUUUAAGGUAAGUCAUUUACAGCAAAUAACACCACUGAUAAAAUCACAACAUGUUCGGCAUCCGAAGAGCAUGGAAAUGAAGGUUUUGAAUAGGUCAUAUGUGCUAUCCAGCUUCUUGUCUGGCGCGUACAGGCUUUGUUUAUAA